GACUCCGCCAUCAACUUAUUGAACGGCCAAUUGGCCAGAGAUGCCGGCGCUCUUCAGGCCAAUGACCAGAAUCGGGACUUUUCGCUGUCGAGAGUGCCCUUCUUGGAGCAAAUCGAGGAAAUGCUCAAAUUGGUUCAGAAACAGAUCACCGAUGUGUCGUCGACAGUGACCCGAGCGCUGACGGGCGGUCUGGACCUGAAGGGAACCGCCGCCGAAGAGCAGAAUAAGGAUCUGAACGGCGGUGUCAUGUCUCAGGUGCCGUUCAUCAAGGAGUUCGAGGAAUAUCUGGAGCUGUUCCAGAAGCAGAUCAACCGAUUCGGCGGAACCGUUCAGCGAAUCAUUCAGGGAGGACAGGCCAUGUUUGAUGGCAUCGACUCCGGAGGCGAUGAUAAUCACGUCGACGAAGACUUCUACGCCUUUCUCAAUGUCUCCAAACAGGCGACCGACGAAGAGAUCACUCGCGCCUAUAAAGCGAUGUCUAAAAGACUACAUCCGGACAAACACUUGGAUCCGGAGCUCAAGAAAGAGGCGGAGAUUCUGUUCAAUAAAGUGAAGAAAGCAUACGAUGUGCUAAAAGAUCCGCAUUUGAGAGCCAUUUACGACACAAUCGGUACUAAAGGUCUGGAAACCGAGGGAUGGGUUUUGAUGGAGAAGAAGCGAUCGCCGCAAGAGAUACGAGAAGAAUACGAACGACUGAUCCGCGAGCGAGAGGACCGACUUCUUCAGCAGCGGACGAACCCUAAGGGCAAUAUCAGUGUCCAAAUCAACGCCACCGACCUCUUCGACCACUACAACGACGACUGGGAGGGCGUCUACUGGCCGUCGAUUGAAGUGUCGUCGAUGUCUAUCUCGCAAUCGAUUGACGCGCCGUUGACUUUGGCCGACACACUGACGCUCAGCGGGUCGUUGAGCAGCCAUAACGGCACGGGUCAGGGAACUGUCGCCACAUCACUGCGACGAGUCAUCUCUGCCAAGACGUGGGCCGAAGUGGAGUUGGCUGCCGGUCAGGGGCCGGUCAUUACACUCAAGGGGUUUCGCAAUUUUACCAAAAAAAUGCACUCAAACUGUAAUGUUAUGCUUCACUUCAGUCCCGUCGGCGUCCGUCCCGGCCUUCAAUGCGUAUUGAGCCGUCAUUUGGAUAAGCAUUUGAUCGGUUAUAUAACGUUCAAAGCGGGUCUUCAGUCGUGCAUAAACACGAUGUUGGCCUGGGAUGCAGAGCGCGCCCGCAUUAUAUGCUCCGUUCAGUUGGGUUUUCCGCACUCUUUCCUAACCGCCAGUUAUUUACAUAAAUUGCAUGAAAACGACACUAAAAUCAAAGUCGCAGUUAAGGCCGGUACUUUUGGUGCAGUGGUUGAGUACGGGUGCGAAACACGUCUCUCCAAACAUAGUAUAAUCGGUGCCUCUAUUUCUAUAGGCGUUCCCUCAGGUGUUUCACUUCGGCUCAGGCUAAACCGCGCCAAUCAGUCCUAUAUAUUUCCGGUGCUCUUAAGCGACGAACUGUUGCCGAACGCCAUCUUUUACGGAACCGUUGCACCACUUCUUGGUUUCUAUUGUUUGAAGACAUUUAUUAUAAACCCAUAUAAUAGACGACAGACGGAGAAAGAGAAGGAAAGAGUGCGGACAAAGAACCGGACAAAACUGGUUGAGCGCCGGAAAGAGGCCCACAAUGUGAUCGAAUUGAUGAGAGAGUCGUUCAAAAGGAUUGUCGACAGAGAGACUCAGAAGAAGGGUUUACUCAUAACACGAGCUCUUUAUGGGAAUCGAUUGGCGAUCGAAAGACUGGAAGAGAGCGAUGCGGACAUCGAUGAGGACGAGGAGGAGGUGUAUGAUGUGGUUUUGCCGCUUCAAUGUCUGGUCAACAGUGACUCCACACUAACCAUAACGGACUCAAGUAAAGGACAAUUACCCGGAUUUUACGACCCGUGUAUUGGCGAAGACAAGCGACUCCUCAUUAGGUAUUCAUACAAUGAUAACAUCCAUCAGAUUGUUGUCGAAGACAACCAGUCGGUGAACAUCCCAUCAAAAGUGGUCAGUCAGCACCUGAUCCCGGCGUCGGCGCUGAGCGAGGGCUGCAUCGAUGAGACGUGUCUGAAACAGUUGGGCCGCGACUCACGCCGAGUGUCCAAAUGUUUUGAGCCGUUGCGGCAAACCAUUGAGUUGAAUGAGGAGACGGGUCUCACCACCUGUUGCUCUGUCCGCAAAUACCAGAGCUGUAUAUUUCCGCUCAUUAUCUCAAACUGUGGUUUGGAUUCAAUGGACAAAUUCGAGUCAGAGAUGCGAAGUCUGAACUCCAUCUGCUCUAUGGUCACACUUUCGUGGGAUAAAUGCGAGCCAAAGAAUGUUACCGUAGCUGAUCCCGAGGUCCUGCCCCCAAUUGGCCCUCCAAUCGCACCACCAGUUGGGCCGCCAAUUGUCACCGAAGGACCGCCGGGACCCCCACCACCGCCGCCGCCACCACCCGAUGGAACGGCGGGCCCUCCCGUACCGCCACCGACAGUGGGUCCCACGGAAGUACCCCCACCCGUGCCUACCGCUCCCGUAACCUUAAGAAGUAGUGUCAUGUCGUGCGGCAAACGGUUUACUCUGAAUAUCUAG